AUGACAACUGUCCAAAAAACUAGAAAACCCAAAACUAAUAGCUUUACCUCCAUUUUGGAUCAGGUCCUCAAUAAAUAUAACCUAUCGGCUAAAUCAAACCUGCUUCAAUUACGUGCUCAUGCCGACGAGCUUAGUACUAUGCUACCGGAUUGGAAGGCUUGUAAAGAUAUGAAAGAGGCUCUCUGUUGGCGCUUAUUCAAAGAAAAUCAAAUAGGAGCUCUGGUUCCAAACAACAAAAAGAAGAGGCUUACUAUCAAGAAAAGAGCUCAAUAUUGUGCAAAAACUAAAGAUGUGUGGGAUAUUUG